AUGGACAGAAAACUUCAGAUCAGCAACACAUACGAGGCUAUCAUUAAGCAGUCCAAGCUCUUCGUCAUUGUCAUAGUGCUCGUGACCAUUGCCAGUGUUGUUUUCCUGUCCGCCGCAUUUAUACGAUGGAAGUAUGGCCGAAUAAAAGAGCUGGAGUGCGGGUUUAUGCUGGCAGCCUUCCUGUUUUACCUCAUCUACGAGUCCAUUUACCUGGCAAUAGUCCCCCUGAUAUACCAUCUUAACGCUAUCCGCGCCGGCGUCCACAAGCCAUAUCCAACCAUGCCCGAAGACAUCGAAAGGUUCAUAAUCUACAUGUAUUCGGCUUCUACGGUGUUCUGGUUCUUACUUUGGUCUGUCAAGUUUGCACUACUUGUGCUCUAUCGCCGCAUGAUGAUCGGAUUGCCACUUCAACUGAAGUUCUGGAUGGCCAUUUUGAUUUUUACAAUUAUCACAUUCGUCUUCUCCUUCAUUGCUACGCUCACAUCUUGUGGAGGCGUGGCCAAUAUCAAAAAGAACCUAAAAUUUUUCUGCUCAAGACCGUCUGACGCUCUUACUCGGGACCUAAGCAUGUACGGUUCCUUUGCGUGUGACGUUGUUACGAAUGUACUAAUUAUGAUCCUUCCUUUACGCCUUAUAUGGGGACUGCAGAUGUCCCUGAAGCGAAAGCUUGCAGUUGCCGCCAUGAUCUCCAUUGGAAUUCUCUGCAUAAUCGCUUCCGUAGUACGAGUGAUCGAGAUCACUGAGAAGAAAAAAGCCACAACUCCCAACUCUUUAUGGUUGAUUCUCUGGGGUUCGAUAGAAGCGACGACGGCAAUCUGCGUUGGCGCCUUUCCUUCGUUUCGUUUUGUGCGCAAGACAUCACAUUCCACCCAUGCGGACUACGUGAGCAGCAAGAGCGCGUGGGCAAACAGCCGAAAUUUCCAUUCAAUCCAGAUGCAGCCCUACGACUGUAGUAAUGAUGGCCGACAUGUAGCGACAGUCUACGGCGGUGCUCAGCCAUCCCCGUCAUCUCAGGAUAAUCUGACACCCGAGGAUGGAGUUAUAAUCACUACUCAACACCAGAUCCACAUCGAACCGGCGAUCUCACCGCAAAAACAACAUCAGCUCGGAAUUCCCUAA